CUUUGGAAGAGGACUCGAGUAAAAUGAACAAAAGGGAUGAAGAGGUGGCACUCGACAGAUCUAGCAUUGGAGUAGCACAAGACGAUGACGGUGACCACUCGCUGAGGGCUUUUCGCUCAAAAUUCCCAUCAAAGUACAGCACUCUCUUUGACCUGUUGGAGUUGAUCAGCAUCCCAGCUGGCUGGAUUCUGCGAUUUGUUUAUAACAUUAUAAGGCAAUUGUCCCCGAGAGUCCAACGUCUGGAGGGGAAGAAGAAGAACCAUACAGAAACAAUGCACCUUAUCGAAUACUUGGCCAAAGAAGGAUACUUUGAUUUCUUUGUGCGUGGAAAAGAUCCCUCCCAACAGAGUAUACUAGGUCCACAAGACUCUCCACCGGAGACUGGAGAAGAAGGUGAUGCCCAAAAAAAGGCACUGUCACCGAGCUCGGAAGACAGAUGGAACGAACCACCCUUGUUCUUAGGUGCACAAAUGGGCCUUAAUGAUUUCGUCGGCAAGAUCCUGCAAGUGUGCCCACAGUCAGCAACCUACCUGGACACGAAGGGCAGAAAUGUUCUCCAAGUGGCGAUAGAAUCUGGGAACCGAGAGACUGUAGAAACUAUUCGUAGGAUGGCUCAGGGAGACAACCCCAUUUUACCAUCCUGGUUGUUGUCCAGCAUCGACUCUAAAACCAGAAACACCAUCCUGCAUCUUGCUACAGAUGGAACCUGUGAUGUAGCAAAGGAAGAGCAAGAUGAACCGGAUGCAAUGCAACUGCAUUACGAUUUAGUAUGGUUUGAGAUGCUGGAAUCAAGUAUUCCUAAAGAACUAGUGUUUAGUCGAAAUACGCAAGGAAAGACAGCGCAAGAGCUCUUUACUUCGAGCCACAAACAGACGCGCAAGAGCUGCAAGAAACAACUAGUACGGAUUGCAAACACAAGUACAAGCGCUGUGGCAGCUGUGGUCUUCGCCUUGAGUUCCUCCUUCUCCCACACGGACGAUCCAAAAACUAGCGAUUCACCCAUGUUCAAGGCCUUGUCAUACACAUAUGUGAUCGGGUUGUCAUUAGCGGCUACAUCUCUGUUCUUUUUCUUGUCCCUCGUCAAAUCAUCGUACAAGGAGCAGGAGUUCCGCAGUGCCAUCCCAACCAAAUUCUACUUAGCCGGCCUCACAUAUAACAUGGCGUUGGGGACUCUGUUGCUGGCCUUCACAUUCAACACUUUCGUGCAGAUAUAUGGCGUGGAGGGAGUUAAGGAAAAGCAGGCGAUCACAUUCAUGCUGGAGAUCAUCGCCUGUCCACUUCUCGCUUGCCUCAUCUUCUUUCCUGACGCCGUUUUUGGAAUAUUUCGUCCUUAUAUUUAGAGUUAAAGUGUCUGUAAGCAUGCACCAUCCCUCCACAUCUAUCAAACA